AGUGGCUAGCCUGCUUUUGCCGAGCUGGGGCGUCUGUUGCUUCCUCGACGCGCAGUCCUCUCAGCCGUGGUUGAUCAUCAGACACCCUGUACAUGCACAGAUUGAAAGCUGCACACUUCAGCAUCCAUAUCCUUGCACCCUGAACCCAAUUUGCUGGGAGCGUUUAUGCCAGUACAUCAUUCCGGUUCAACCUUCUGAAUCGAAUGCGAUUGUGUGAUUCGAUUUGUGGCAGCACAAGAAGAAAAAGGUUCUACUCAACCGAGUUUUAGAUCAGCCUUUCCGGACCACGCAUGGGUGCCCUCACCGCCUGCCAUGGGGGCACUCAACCACUCCUUUCUGCAGCGCGGUCUUUGCAAAAUUCGUCAAAUAGUCCCAGGCAAGCCCUCCCGAUCGAUGCAAAGCAGCAAUCGGUGACUGCUGUGUGGAAAUCAGCUGCGAUCAGCGAUUGCUGUCCGCAUGGGAACGGGAGAAGGAGGUUUUUGUCUGGAGAUCUAGGAGUGAGGAGCUUUCCGGCGCGGCUGCAUGGAUCGAAGGAAGCAGAGCGCCGCUCUCCCAAUGAGCGCCACCGCCAGGGGCCUCGCGCGUCGUCCCUGGCAAUCGACGGGGGAGACGAUGCUGACGUCAGCGAGAAGCUGGACACUCCCCUGCAAAAGCAGCGGCAGCAGCGGGCCAAGCGGGCGAGAACGGGCGUUGCGCAAGCGACGGCCGGGCACCUCAACGUAGAAGAUGGGGAGGCUCUUAUCGGGUCCGAGAAGGUUGGGCUACAAAGAGCAUGGGACGAGGUGACUGCAUUCUCGGACGCUCUUGUGCGCUUUGCGAGACCCCAUACAAUCAUUGGCACGUCUCUCAGCAUCGUCUCGGUGUCCCUGCUCGCGAUGACCAGUCCCGCCGACUUCAGUCACAAGGCAUUCAUCGGAAUUCUACAGGCUCUCAUUCCGGCCCUGCAAGCGAAUGUGGCGAUCGUGGGGCUCAACCAAGUCUACGAUAUCGAGAUCGAUAAGAUCAACAAGCCGACGCUCCCGCUCGCGUCCGGCGAAUUUUCAGUGGCGCAGGGCGUGGGCCUGGUCGCCGCAUCCGCUAUCGCGAGUCUGCUCAUUGGGCUGGCAGUCGGGUCUCAGCCGCUGCUCUGGACGCUCUCGCUGAGCCUGCUGCUCGGCUUUGCAUACUCGACCGACCUCCCCUUCUUGCGGUGGAAGAAGUACCCCAUCCUCGCUGCCGGGUGCAUCUUCGCGGUCCGAGCGGUCCUCGUCCAAAUCGGGUUCUACCUCCACAUGCAGGUGUCCGUCCUCAAGCGCACUGCGGUGCUGAGUCGGCCCGUCCUCUUCGGCACCGCCUUCAUGAGCGUAUUCUCCCUCGUCAUCGCCUUCUGCAAGGACAUUCCUGAUCUAGAGGGCGACCGGCAAUUCAACAUUCAGUCCUUUACCGUGCGGAUGGGGCAGCAAAAGAUGUUUUGGAUCUGCGUCAGCCUUCUGGGCGCUGCAUACGUGGGCGCAAUCGGAGUGGGCUUCACGUGCUCCCGGCUGUGGAGCAAGGUGGUGACAGUUGGCGCGCAUGCGGCGCUUGGGGGCAUCCUGUGGCAUAGGGCCCGCCACGUGGACUUCGCCAAGAAGGCGUCCAUUGUCGGCUUCUACAUGUUUGUGUGGAAGUUAUUCUAUGCGGAGUACUUCCUGCUACCUUUUGUUCGAUGAUCGACGGACACAGUGUACAGCGUUGAGGCGGUCUCUCUAGUUUCGAAUCGAAACAAUUCUUUCCUGUCAAAAUUGGAAAGUUAGCCUUAGUAGAUUCCCGAGCGAGUCUAGAAAUAAAGCACGGUCGCAGCAAGCCAAGGGUCUCGGCAGAAACUGCGACCUGCGCUAGUUUUAAGACAGUGCAGGCAUGUAGGGACACUCGCAUUGGAACAUUGAGACUGACGACUCAAACCUUUUGGAUAGAAGGUUGCUUGAGCAUAAGCAACGACGCUGCAACAUUGCAUCCAUCAUUGCAUAGAGCUUUGGACAUCUCGAGUGGGUCGCUAGGAAAGAGACGGAGGUAUACUGAAUCUACAAAAUGACGUGGCGUUGAACUUGAUCAAUGAUGACCUCGUCAGGUCGCAUCACCAGCCAGGCUUGAAGUCCACGCAUCCAGAGUGGGAGACUUGCAAGUGGUCGGGUGAACUGGCCUCUCGCAUUACGAUGAAAGAGGCACCGGAGCGUCGAAAGUGUACGAUCGUCGGGCGUCUAGGCGGGGCGGCCGUCACACCUUG